AUGGCGGCAGCGGGGACGAGCUUGACGACGACGGGCAUCAACGUGCGCGUCGAGCCCGCGCCCGCCUUCGGUCCCGCAUCGGGGGUCACGGCUGCGGCCUCCGAGCGGGACGUUCUGGACAGAAACAAGGUGAUGGCCCUCGGAGACGUAGGCAUCCGCGGCGUGCGCGACCUCUUCUGGCUGGACGCCGGCGUGCUCCUGAGCACGGGCUACGAGGACCUGCGCGACGAGAGGUACUUUGGCUGGAUCAUCGACCUGCAGGGCGGCGAGGCGAGGGUGGUCGCGCUCCCCAGCAACAACGUGAGCCUGGUCGUGCCCGUGGGACUCGACGGCCGGCCCUCCGUGCGGCGCGCCGACGCGGGCGGCGUGGAGGUGCUGCUGAGCUACCGCAGCGUGGGCACCGAGUCGCCCGGGCUGAGCUGGGCUUGGUACCAUGUGCCCACGGGGGACCUCGUCGACGCUGCGCCGUACGAGGAGCUGCCGAGCUCCCUCUGGCGCGAGGCGGUGGUGUCGAGGCACGGCGAGGUGGACGCCGUGCUGCUGUGGAACGGGACGGUGUGCCGCAGGGCCGCGGGCGGCUGGGUCGACGUCGGCGUCGUCGGGCUCGCCGCCAGCGAGAGCCCCGCGGAGGUCCUGCAGGGCGUGCAGACACUGCUGCCCAGGCGGCACCUCGUGGGCGCCGGGCCGGGCCUGGGCGUCUUCGCCGUGGACGCCCUGGCCGCGGACCCCCCGCCCGGCCCCCCCCCCACCCCCUCCUCGGUCCUCGAC